AUGCCGACGAGCAAAAAUCGUGAAGAAUCAUUUAUUUUGUAUUUACCAACUCUGUCGACAACUGCACUGCAGCAACCUUGCAACGCGAGCUCGGCAACAAUGACGCACUUUGAAGGCAACUAUGAACGAGCAUGGUGGGUGGACAUAGAUCCGAAACUUUGGGAAAAAGGGAAACCAUGGUUUGCAGAUGGGCUUGGCUACGAUUGGACUGGUGGUAAGCGCCUGGUAAUGGAAGGCUCUUCAGGACAACACGAAGAAAAGAUACCCAAGACCGUUGAUAAUAGCGUAAAACAAGUUCACAGUAUGAUCGAAAUGCUCAAAUGCAUCGCCAAUACCCACACAAAUUCAAGUUUCAGUACAUUUUUACUAACCAAAGUAUUUGACGUUCAAACAAUGAAGACGACAAUUAUUUUGUCAGAAUUACAAACGGACUAUGAAGGAAAGUUUAUCCAAAGACAGUUUUGA